GCCGUACGCCAAGAUGGCGGCCUGCGCACUUCCGCGCGCACUUCCGGCCCCGCCCGCGCUCUGAUUGGCCCCAGCGGCGGCCCGUCGCGUCGCGUUGCGGACCCGUCGGAGCGACGCGGCGCUCAGUCGGCGGCCGGAGAGGGAAGAUGGACGCAGCUACUCUGACCUAUGACACUCUCCGAUUUGCCGAGUUUGAAGAUUUCCCGGAGACCUCGGAGCCUGUUUGGAUACUGGGUAGAAAAUACAGCAUUUUCACAGAAAAGGACGAGAUCUUGUCCGAUGUGGCGUCCAGACUUUGGUUUACAUACAGGAAAAACUUCCCAGCCAUCGGGGGGACCGGCCCCACCUCAGACACGGGCUGGGGCUGCAUGCUGCGCUGUGGACAGAUGAUCUUUGCCCAGGCCCUGCUGUGCCGGCACCUAGGCCGAGAUUGGAGGUGGACACAGCAGAAGAGACAGCCGGACGGCUACGUGAACGUCCUCAGCGCCUUCAUGGACAGGAAGGACAGUUACUACUCCAUCCACCAGAUAGCGCAAAUGGGAGUUGGCGAGGGCAAGUCCAUCGGCCAGUGGUACGGGCCCAACACGGUCGCCCAGGUCCUCAAGAAACUUGCUGUCUUCGACACGUGGAGCGCCCUGGCCGUCCACAUAGCGAUGGACAACACGGUGGUGAUGGAGGACAUCAGAAGGUUGUGCAGGGCCAGCCCUCCUUGUGCGGGGGCCACGGCGUUUCCUGCCGAUUACAGCCAGCACUGCAAUGGGUUCCCUGCGGGAGCCGAGGUCACCAACAGGCCGUCCCUGUGGAGACCGCUGGUGCUUCUCAUUCCCCUGCGCCUGGGGCUCACAGACAUCAAUGAGGCCUACGUGGAGACGCUGAAGCACUGUUUCAUGAUGCCCCAGUCCCUGGGGGUGAUUGGAGGGAAGCCCAACAGCGCCCACUACUUCAUCGGCUAUGUUGGUGAGGAACUCAUCUACCUGGACCCGCACACCACGCAGCCAGCGGUGGAGUGUGCUGCCGGCUGCGCCAUCCCAGACGAGAGCUUCCACUGCCAGCACCCGCCCAGCAGGAUGAGCAUUGCCGAGCUCGACCCGUCCAUUGCCGUGGGCUUUUUCUGUAAGACUGAGGACGACUUUAAUGAUUGGUGCCAGCAAGUCAGAAAGCUGUCGCUGCACGCUGGAGCCCUGCCCAUGUUUGAGCUGGUGGAACAGCAGCCUUCCCACCUGGCCUGCCCCGACGUCCUGAACCUGUCCUUAGAGUCUUCUGAUGUCGAGCGACUAGAAAGAUUCUUUGACUCAGAGGAUGAAGACUUUGAAAUCUUGUCCCUUUGAAAUCAUCCUGGAGUCAGGGGACAUCUCCACUGGCCCUCGCUGGGACGCCGUUGAGAGCCCAGCCCGGCCUCGGGGCACAUGGUGCCACGCAUUUCAUCCAUCCAGCGCCUGCCUGCCGAGUGCCGUGCCCGCCUUCUCUGCCCUCGGCCGGAGGACGGCCCUGUCCUCCUGGAGGCCUGACUGCGGGGCUGGGACCCGAGGCCAGCACAUCGCGCCACGCCAGCCCUGCGUCAGCAUCGCUCCGUCCUGCUUCCUCCUGGGCUCUGGUUCUGGGUUUGCUUUGGAAUUAAAGUCCUGUUUGAGGUCACAGACAUGAAUUUCUGUUGGACGUGUCCCCAGUACGUCUGGAAGACCUGCGGACGGCUGCUGUGGACUGGGCCCCGCCCUCUGCCGGCAGCCCUGCUGGGGUUCCUGGGGCUGCCUCAGUGGGGGACUGGGGAGAGAAACGGCAAGGGCUGGUCACCUGCAUGUGACUCGCCAGGACAGCGCAGGGGAAGCCACAUGUGGCCUGCCUUCCUCACAUCUUCACGGCCCCCCGAGCCGCUGAUGGCUCCGCCAGCUUCUGCCUUGCUGGGCAGUGGGUGGUGGGGACCCAGAGGCCCAUGGCGGGGUGUGGGGACACUGCAAGCAUGGCUGGCAGAGGAAGAGCAGGCCAGGCACGCCGGUGCCCGGAGCCUGCCUCCAUCUCCGUCUCCGUCCUCAGGACUGCCCUCCAGGUACCGAGGCUUCAGAUGGUUUGGGGCCAGAGGGUGAAACCCUCAGUUUAUGGUGCAAGACAGGUACCCCGUCUCUCAUCGCUCAUGUGGAGACAUUUCCAGGCCCUUCUCAGCACUGACCGACGUCAGCACCUGCCGCCUUGCUCCCUGGUGUCCGGGGCCCCAGGGCACUGCGCCCAUGCCGCCUUGCUGUCCGUGCUCCGUCCCCUGGGAUCUGUGUCGGCAGCUGGGGGAACUCAGGGCGGUGCAGCCUUCUUCCCAGGGAGCCUUCCUCUCGUGGAGCCCCUCCUUCCCUGGGCGGCUGCAUCUGGGCCUGGUCCUGCCAGCCCACAAGGUGGCAGAGGACACCCCAGCCCCCAGUAUGGCUGACAUAAGUUAUUUUCCUCUUUUUCUGUCUUUCUGUCCCUCCCGCCGUCCUACCCCUUUGUCCUCGGGCUGGGUGGGGAAGGAGGGAAGGAAGGUUGGGACGUUUCCAUUCCUUCAGCUGAACCUGGGAAAGCGCCACCCCCACCUGCGGGGGCCAGGAAGGUCUCGCUGCAGCUCCUGCUGCUCGUACCAGUGGGCGAGCGGGUGACAAGUUGACCAAAGGGGAGCUUUGUCUUAGUGUUUUGAAAAAGGCUUAUUGAAGGAAUGUUGCUCAUUCUUAGUCGUAUAGUUUGCAAUUCUACAUGGCAAAUAACAAUUUCA